AGUGCCAUCUAUUGAUAUCGCUGGAAACUAAACGCACAUACAAGCUGUGAAACUGCUACGCGCUGCUACGAAGGAACGUAGCAUUUGCUACGACGCGUCGUAGCACCGUUGCUACGCCAGCGCUACAACGACCAAUCUUGAUUUUCAUUCGUUCGUCCAUAAAAUGAAUCUUAUCACAAUGGAAUACAGCUCAUGGGCAUAAAAUGUCCCUGAAAACGUAAAUUGGUGCAGGAAAUGCUGAAGGAAAGUGGGAGAGUAUUGAUUUCGCAUGCGCGUAUCUUUCUAGUCAUCUCUAGGGUGUAAGCAGCAUCUGAAUUUUGUAAACAUGUGCUAAUGUUUUAAAAAUAAACACAAAAAUGAAGUGGGACAUAUUGUUUAUGUGGAUGGUCUUCUCCUUCACCAGGAUUUGUUCAGGCGUAAAGCUCCUCGAAGCGAACCCGGAUGUAAAACGCCUCUACGACGACCUGCUCAGCAACUACAACCGGCUGAUCCGGCCCGUGACCAACGUGAGCGACAUCCUGACCGUGCGGCUCGGGCUCAAGCUGUCGCAGCUCAUGGAGGUCAAUCUCAAGAACCAGGUCAUGACCACCAACCUGUGGGUGGAGCAGAAAUGGUUCGACUACAAGCUGCAGUGGAACCCGGAGGACUACGGCGGCGUGGAGAUGCUGUACGUGCCCUCCGAGCACAUCUGGCUGCCCGACAUCGUGUUGUACAAUAACUGGGAUGGGAACUACGAGGUAACCCUAAUGACGAAAGCAACCCUCAAAUACACUGGUGAAGUGAACUGGAAGCCUCCCGCCAUCUACAAGUCAUCGUGUGAGAUCAAUGUCGAAUACUUCCCGUUUGAUGAGCAGACCUGCUUCAUGAAGUUUGGCUCUUGGACCUAUAAUGGUGCUCAGGUGGACCUAAAACACAUGGACCAGUCCUCCGGCAGCAGCCUCGUCCACGUGGGCAUCGACCUCAGCGAGUUCUACCUGUCCGUGGAGUGGGACAUCCUGGAGGUGCCGGCCACCAGGAACGAGGAGUACUACCCGUGCUGCCCGGAGCCUUUCUCUGAUAUAACGUUCAAGCUGACAAUGCGUCGAAAAACCCUAUUCUACACUGUGAACCUCAUCAUCCCGUGCGUCGGACUCACGUUCCUGACUGUGCUCGUGUUCUACUUGCCCUCUGAUUCUGGUGAAAAGAUCUCACUCUGCAUCUCGAUCCUGGUGUCGCUCACGGUGUUCUUCCUGGGGCUGGCGGAGAUCAUCCCGCCGACGUCGCUCGCCAUCCCGCUGCUGGGGAAGUACCUGCUCUUCACCAUGAUCCUGGUGUCGCUGUCCGUCUGGAUGACUGUGUGCAUACUUAAUGUGCAUUUCAGGUCCCCAUCAACGCACACCAUGUCCCCGUGGAUGAAGAAGGUGUUCCUGCAGUGUAUGCCGAAGCUACUGAUGAUGCGGAGGACCAAGUACUCGCUGCCCGACUAUGAUGAUACCUUCGUCUCUAACGGGUACACCAAUGAGCUGGAGAUGAGCCGGGACAGUCUGACGGAUGCGUUCGGGAACAGCAAGGAGGACAGUGGAGACUACCGCAAGUCUCCAGCACCUGAGGACGACAUGGUGGGAGCCGGCGCGUAUCAGAGGCCCUCGGUCACGGAGUCUGAGAACAUGCUGCCCCGCCACCUGUCGCCCGAGGUCGCGGCCGCGCUGCAGAGUGUGCGCUUCAUCGCUCAACAUAUCAAGGACGCUGACAAGGACAAUGAGGUGGUUGAAGACUGGAAAUUCAUGUCGAUGGUUCUGGACCGAUUCUUCCUGUGGCUGUUCACUAUCGCCUGCUUCGUGGGUACUUUCGGCAUCAUAUUCCAGUCACCAUCACUCUACGAUACCAGGGUCCCAGUGGACCAGCAGAUCUCUUCUAUACCAAUGCGGAAGAACAACUUCUUCUACCCGAAGGAUAUCGAGACCAUUGGGAUUAUCAGUUAAAUUUGGUUCCUAUGUCUGUCACAUACAUAAUAGAUUAAGAAUCCUCUGGAACCGAAAUUUUUAUGUAUGAAUAUUCAGCUAGAUCUAAUAUUUUCGAAUGGAUUUGAUUUGCUUGCUAUAAAGACGAAGUUGUUAAUUUUAAUAUUCAUAAAAUAAGUAACUUAUGAAAAUAUAAUAUCAAGUAAUUAUAAAUUUAAAUAUAUUAUAGAAACAGGUAUAUUUAUUCGUAUGUAAUAUGCCCAUGUCGCUGUUAUUUAAUAAGGUGUAGAUUGUAAUAAAUAUUUGAAUUAUUAAUUCCUUUUUCAAAAAUGGACGAGCUCAAUUUUAUACACAAACUAUGGUUACUUUUUUAGUUUUAAAACUCCAACAACGCAAAAUAAUUAUGUAUUAUAAAAAAUCACUCUCAUUAAUGAUCUUAUGGCUGUGAAUUUGUUUUAAAAUUAACUGUAAAAUUGAAGUGAAUAUAGAUUAUUCAAAUAUGAAAUAAA